GGUGAAUGACUCUUCCAAAAAAGAUAUUGUCAAGACUAGCGGCUAAGUAUCGGGUAAAUUGUCCUUGUAGUCUCGCUCUAGCCUUACCAAAUCUCCAAAAAGUCCAUCAUCAAAUCUACAAAAAUUACAACCACAAUUUCUACAAUUACAAAAUCCACCAAUACUUUUCCCAUUUACCCUUCCCAAUCGCAGAAAAAUACAGUGCAACGCCAUAUUAGGACCAAUCAUAAUUUUUCUCUUCAGCAACAAUAAUCGCGAUGCCCUCCGACGACUUGACGAAAUGGAUAACCUCCGAAGUCGACUUUUACACGCUCCUAGGCAUCACCCCCGAAUCUUUCAGCGUCUCAGAACUCCGUCGCGCAUAUCGUAAAACAGCCUUACUCUACCAUCCGGACAAGCUAGGAGACGCCUUUGACCCAGAUAAAUACGAGCAAUUCCAGGCCGCGCAUGAUGUACUCGCGGAACCAGAACUAAAACAGAAGUACGACAACUAUCGCAAUGCGCGCGUGCAGAAACAAAAAGCUGCUGCGUUAUUUGAGGGGAAGAGAAGGAGUAUGAAGGAGGACUUGGAGGCGAGGGAACGAGGGGGAAGCCUGGGGAAGAGGAGUAGAGAGGAUGAAGAAAUGGAUGCAGAAAUUAAAAGGUUGGCUGAGGAGGGCAGGAAGAGGAGGGCGAAGAGGCAAAGUAUGCCUUUGCAGAGGGAGAGUACGCCUCCGCAGAAGGAGAGUAUUCCCAAAGAAUCAGAUGAUGAUAAAAUAGCACGCCUCGAACAACAAAUUGCCGCCGCCAAAGCAAAACGUAAAGCCGAGAAAAAAGUCAAAUGCUCGACACCAAAUAAGACAUUCAAUGACAAGAAAUCUGGCGAUUUUGAAUAUUCGACUCCACAACCGAAAUUCAGAGACUCUAAGUCAACAUCUACUCCAUCUACAGCUCCACCUAAGUAUUCCUUUUCGUCCGUUGGGUCAAAAAAGGUGGGAAAUGAUUUCUCGUCUACCAUGGAGAUGUUAAGAGAAGCGGGGAAGAAGGGAGUGGAGGCACCCAAAUCAGAUAUACAGUCCACUCUGGACAUUUAAUCGACUUCCAACAUUCUAUGAGGUUCUGAUAUCUAGUGGCGUUCAGAUAUCCCAGGGCGGAUGAUGCACAUUUUAAAUUUAGCA